CUUUCAGACAGAAGAAUUGGGUCUCAAGGAAAGGAAAAAAAAAAAAAAAAAAAAAAAAAAACAAAAGAACACGAACAAAAGAUAAUAGCUUUUGGACCAGAUAUGGAUGUGGGAGAGAUGAUGAUAGGAAAACGUUGAUGCUACACUGGCGAAAGAGUAAACAAAAGGAGAGAUUUUUUCCCCUUAGCUGGGACCUUAAAUGCGCAUAUGAAACGUGGAGACCAUUAAAUUAAAAAAAGAAGGUAAUACAAUUUAAUUUUAGCUGGAGACUUCGGCUGACAAAUGACAGGCCUCACUCCUCUCCCGAUCGUCUCGUGGACCUCUAUUCUGUAGUGGCCUCUCGUUCCCCCUCUUGCUCUUGCAUUUACCCUCCCUUGCCGCUUUCAGCCUCCAGAGUUACUGUCGUGGGGAAACAUGUAUAAUCUCCAAUAAGCCAUUAGUUCGUGUUUUCUGUAAUGGAUACAGUUGAAGGAAAGAUCAACACUCAAACCGCGGACCCUACAGACAAGGGAAACGAAGCUUCAUCUGUCAAGACGAAGAUUCUGUUCUUUGCAAGAGCUCGAGAUCUUACUGGCUUGACAGAGAUGCCAUUGGAGGUGUCGUCAGGUAGUUCUGUCCAGGAUUGUUUGAACGAUCUCGUCGCCAGGUUUCCAAGCUUGGAAGAGAUCCGUGGCUGUAUGGUUCUUGCACUAAACGAAGAAUACACCACCGAGUCGGCAAUACUCAAAGACAGAGAUGAGUUGGCAAUUAUACCUCCCAUUAGUGGUGGCUAGUUUUUUUUAUUUAUUUUUUUCUCCUCAUGUAACGUUCACUGCAAAAUGUGUCCAUUCAAUAUUUCAUUCGAAAUAAACCUCGGAUUUCAUGAAAACGAUGCCACUUUAAGUUUGUUUACUAUUGUUUUGGA